AUGGAGCCAUUGAUGAGGUUGGGGAAAGAAAAGCCGGUGGUGAUAUUUGCAAAGAGCAACUGCGGCAUUUCCUACGCGAUUCAGUCGCUGAUAAUCAGUUUCGGCGCAAACCCUACAAUUUACAACUUAGAUCAACAUCCACAGGGCAGGGAGAUUGAGAAUGCAUUGCUUGGAUUAGGGUGUAAUCCAAGUGCUCCCGCUGUUUUCAUCGGGAAGCUGUUUGUGGGUGGUGCUAAUGAGGUUAUGAGUCUCAAUCUUAAAGGGAAGUUAAAGCCAUUGCUCAUCAAUGCUGGAGCCAUAUGGAUGUGA